AUGGGUUUAAACAGCCGGGAGGCUUUGAAAUGCUCUGGAGGCGAGGCCACAAACAUCUCCCGCUUCACUUCCUCGGCCGAGAUAAGAGGAGAAGCUCCGGAGGGUGAAACUAGGAAGAUCAGGCUCAGGGCGUCUGUGGACUACAAGAAUGAAAUGUUUCAGAUUGUAAAACUGGCAGGACCCGUGUUCAUUUCACAGUUGAUGAGCUUCUUCAUCGGCUUCGUCAGCAUGGUGUUCUGCGGUCACCUGGGCCGGACGGAGCUGGCGGGGGUGGCGUUAGCGAUAGCAAUUAUAAAUGUCACAGGCCUUUCGAUUGGCUUCGGUUUGGCGUCAGCAUGUGACACUCUCAUCUCCCAGACUUACGGGAGUGGCAACUACAAGCGUGUUGGAGUGAUUCUCCAGAGGGGAGUUUGGAUUCUCCUGCUAGCUUGUUUUCCCUGCUGGGCCGUGCUCAUCAACACUCAGCCGAUCUUGCUGGCUGUGAGGCAGAGCAGGGACGUCGCCAGGUUGGCUCAACUUUAUGUGAAGAUAUUUCUGCCAGCUCUACCAGCUGCCUUCAUGUACCAGCUGCAGGGGAGGUAUCUUCAAAAUCAGGGUAUCAUGUGGCCCCAGGUGAUAACUGGAGCCGCGGGGAAUAUUUUAAAUGUCAUUACCAAUUACGUGUUCCUCGGGCUUCUGGAUCUGGGAGUUGCAGGCUCCGCAGCCGCCAACGCCAUCUCCCAGUACUCCCUGGCUGUGUUGUUGUUCGUGUACAUCUCCUUCAGAGGGCUCCACAAAGCUACAUGGGACGGUUGGUCGAGAGAGUCCCUGCAGGAAUGGGGCUCUUUCCUCCGCCUGGCCAUCCCGAGCAUGCUGAUGUACUGCAUGGAGUGGUGGCUGUACGAGAUCGCAGGGUUCCUGGCAGGCGUCAUCAGCGAGACUGAGCUGGGGGCUCAGUCCAUAGUUUAUGAACUGGCUACUAUUGUUUACAUGUUCCCCACGGGAUUCUCCGUCGCUGCCAGCGUUCGGGUCGGGAACGCUCUCGGCGCCGGGAACACAGAACUGGCCAAGUUGUCCGGCAAGGUCUCCCUCGUCCUGGCAUUUAUUGUCUCGUGUUUCAUUGGAGUGUGUCUGGGUGUAACUAAAGACGUGAUCGGUUACAUUUUCACCACAGAUCAAAACAUCCUUGAAAGGGUGGCUGACGUCAUGAAGAUGUACGGUUUCAUCCACGUUGCCGAGGCCUUUGCAGGAGUGACGGCAGGCAUCGUCAGGGGGGCAGGCAAGCAGGCGAUGGGAGCCCUGUGUAACUUUUUAGGGUACUACUUCGUUGGCUUCCCAAUUGGAGUGUCUUUGAUGUUCCCAGUCAAAAUGGGAAUCGUAGGGAUAUGGAUGGGGCUUUUAAUCUGUGCUUUGUUGCAGUCCGUCAUUUAUGUAAUUUAUCUGUCCCGACUGAACUGGAAUAAAGCCACAGCGGAGGCACAGGAAAGAGCAGGGGUCAGUAUCAUUCAGGACUCUGGUGAAACAUGUGUCCACGCAAAAACCCGUCAGUCCAUCUCUCUGGGUCAGAGAGAGGAGAAACUGGAUGCCGUCGCCGCAAACCAGCAGACGUCACGAGACGUGGCCUUGUCAGGCCGGCAGCUGGUUGUACGACGCGGCCUCGCCGUGCUGCUCAUGUUCGCCAUUCUCGCCGUGGGAGUCAUCGUCAGCGAGCUGCUCGAUAGAUAACUUUCAUUAGACGAAUGAACACUAUUAGACCACAUGUGUGAACCACGACUCAAAGCUGAGACGUCAAGUGUGUUUA